AUGAGCUACGAAAAUUUGGACCCUGCGAUCCUAGCUGCGCUCCCAGAAGGGAGCCAUGUCGUAUCCGUCGUGCCGCACGGAGCAACACGAUGGUCGGUAGGGCUGAGAGUGGACGUCGAGGUUGGCGACGACGAGGAGACAUUCUUUCUCAAGAUCAUCGAACGCAAGGAGUGGACGCCAAUGGCCAAGGCCUAG